AUGAACGCCGAGGAUAUCAUCUCGAACAAGGAUCUCGCUCUACUUGGUGAUACUCUCAUCAAGUUGAUUCUUGUCAAGGAGGGCCUUCGUCGACAUGCGACCCGUGGCCAUAUAAACAACGUUAUAUCAGAGAAAUCUCCGAACGCCUACCUUGCGCAGCGAGGCUUUUCCACAGGCCUAGCAGAAUGUGUCUAUGGCAAUCGAUCCCAAGGAAACAUAAUCUACCCGGGCCCUAUAGCCUCUACUAUGGAGGCUACCGUUAGAGCUGUCUUUAAUGAUAACGGAGAGAAGAUAACCCCUGUCAAAAGUGUUAUAGAGGCUAUGGGCGUUUCUUAG